AUGGAGGGUUGUCAAACAGUGGAUGUGAGCUGGCUGCAUCAUUCGCAGAAAGGCAAGUCUAUCGCAUUCGCUGGGAUUGUCCCGCUGGGAUCUGCACCAGCAACGUCAGUCUCCUCGACGGUCAGCGACAAGCCUAACGCGGAUGAAACCGCCGCGACCACCACCAAGCCAGACAAAUCGCACCGGAGGUCCCGAUCGAACAGUAGCCCGGCACGCCCAUCGUCUGCCCAGCAGUGCCCGCCCUCGGAGCAGCGGGCGAAAGGAACUCUGCAGCAGAAUGGUCCGAUUCCAGAAGAAAAGGCGGUAGAGCCGGAGGAGAAACCUGCAGACCAAAAACCCGCUACCCCGUCGCCGAGUACGCAGCGGAGCCUCCCCAAACCCAUCGGAAGAAGAAAUUCGUGGAUCUCUAGUUUGAGCUCGAAGUUUUCGUCUGGCUCGACCCCUCCGUCGCAGUCCAGCCUCAAAGGCAGCUCUGCCAGUCCGAAGGCGGCUUCACCCCUCGACUCUUACAACUCGGUCGGGGCAGCGUACAGUCCAAAGGAUGAGGAGGAGCAACAGAAGAAAGAUGAGUUCGGUGCUCCAGUGACCUCCUCCUCGCCGAAGGGUCCCUCAUUCUUGCACAAUGCCUUGCGCAAAUUCUCCUCCAGCUCGGGUGGGCUUCCGAAGUUACCACCAGGCGGAGGAGUAUGCCAGCGGCGCGUGUUGAACCUGGACCCGAAUCGGGACCGCUGCAAGAUUGCGGAUCUGAACCAGGCAAAACUACACCGUGUAGCCUUUUGUGUUGAUGUGGAAAUCGCAGGCGUGUCUCAUCGGGACUCGGAUGAGGAGGCUCCUCCAACGAACCAGCUACGACAAGGACCGUUACCGGAAUCUAAUGCACAGAAAUCCAAAAAGGCCGAUGCCAAGGCUAAGGAGAAAGGAGAAGCUGAUGCUCUGAAGAAUCCUGAGACUGCUGUGGUUGAAAAGCAAGCCUCUCCCUCGACCACUGCCCCUGCUAAGGGCGGCGGGGAUGCAGCUGUCCAACCUUCGGCCGCCCAGCCUCCGAUCCCUGUUCCCACCGCUGUUCCCACUACUGAAAAGGCCUCUCCAGCCACCACGGAAAACGCGAACCUUUCAAGCAAUCCAAAGCCCGAUGCAAAGCCAAACGGCGAGGGCAAAGAACCAACGAGAAAGCAAGAGAAGAAGAAACGGUCCGAAGAGGAGAGACGAGAGCGAAAGGAAAAGAAGCGAAGACAGGCUGUAGCCAAUGGCUCGGUGCCACUGCAGCUAGAUGCGGAGAUGGAUGAGGAUGAUCCACGAACACCAACGGCUGGUGUUUCACGCAAAACGCAAAGCCACCCGACUACAGACCCUGUGCGCAUUUACCGCCGGUGCUGCCAGCUACGUGAGACUCCUGUCCUUAAAAGAGUGGUUGACGAGAUCACCUCGCCGUCGUCGACGCUGGCCGAGUCUCCUGGAACGGUGGGAGUUCUGGACCUCAGCAAUUUCCCCAUGACCUCGCAAGAUAUUGCGACCUUCAGCGACUGGCUCGCAGUAGUUCCCGUUCGCAAACUCAUCCUCGAGAACUGCGCAAUGAAUGAUGAGUCCACGCGGGCUGUUCUCGCAGGGUUGUUAGCAACCAAGACUGUCGAACAGAUGCGGUAUCGGCGGAGGCGAGCUCGACGACCGGAGGCGGUCAUUGCUAAUGACGAACGAUAUGGUGUGGUGGAGAAGCUGUCGUUGAAGAAUAACCCAAAGAUUGGCCGAGAGGGGUGGCGCCACAUCGGCCUUUUCAUCCACCUUUGUAAAUCUUUAAAGGCCAUCGAUCUGUCGGGCAUUCCUUUUCCCAAGACACCUCCGGCAAUGGAGGGCCAGGCUUCCAAUCCAGCCCUCGGGGUCAGCACUAUCUUUGCCGAUGCCCUGGCCGCACGGUUCGGCGGUGACCAUCUUGAAGAGCUGCUGCUCAGUGAAUGCAAACCUUCUGCUGAUGACGUCAAAAAUAUCUGCGAGGCGGCGACUAGUAUGGGUUUGCGACGACUAGGUUUUGCCAACAACAACCUUACGAGAGAAGGCCUGCAACAUGUGGUCGAGUAUCUCAAGGCUGGGCAGUGUGAGGGUCUCGACUUGGGAGGCAAUCGCAUCAAGGAUGAUUUCGAUCUCCUGACAGAUGCCAUUGAGGCCGAGCAACCUCUGUAUGCCUUGAGUCUGGCCGACUGCUCUUUGACACCGACGAUUAUUUACCCACUGCUUCAAGCCCUUGCGCGGCUCCACAACCUCCGGUUUAUUGAUUUCUCGCACAACCCUGAGCUCUUUUCGACGCAGACUCACGCUCUUGGAUUGUUCCGUCGUUUCUUGCCAAAGAUGCCUGCGCUAAAGCGCAUUCAUCUUGCCGAUGUCGACCUUUCUGCCGACCAUGCCAUCAGUCUGGCUGAGAUUCUGCCCGAAUGCCCCAGUCUCUGUCACUUGAAUAUCUUGGAGAACCCCCAGAUCGGUGCUUUGGCUUCUGCUACCGACCCUGCCACACAGGAAGAAGCCUGCGCCGUUUACGCGUCGAUGAUGGCGGCUGUCCGUGUGUCGCGGACGAUCAUUGCAGUGGACAUCGAGGUCCCCAGCGCAGAGAACAACGAGGUCGUGAAAGCCUUGGCAUCACAGAUUGUGGCGUACUCACUCCGGAACAUGGAAGGUGGUGCCAUUGCCGAAGAACUGUCAGACGUGAUCGACCCUGCCGCAGACAAGGAUGUCCCCGUACCGGAUAUCCUACAGCAUAUUGUUGGUAACACAACCGUUUCCGAAGAACCAUUGGAAGCGGAGGGCGAGACCGCCCCGGACGAGGACUAUGUCAUUGGCGGCACAGGUGUCGUGAAGGCACUGGGCGUCUGUCUUAGCAAUCUAGACCAACAUGGUGGUAUCAAUGUCCCGGGAAGUCACUCUCCUUUGGCCAGUGGCACUUCGACCCCUCGACGACCCAAGUCUCGGGACGUUGUCACCAAGAGACCGCGUGACAUGUCGAAGAAUCUCCUGGAAUCGGCGCGCAACAUCCGGGUCCGAAUUCAAACCGCCUUGAUUCGUGAGGAUCGUGCUGGCAAUGAUGCGAACUAUCGACGUCUUCAAUUCCUUGACUUCACACUCCACCGGAUGAUCCAGCGAUUCGAGGAUGAAUAUCCCGAAACGCGCAUUGCAUCACAAAGUCCACCUGCAAUUAUCGCCCCUGACACCAGCUCUCAGCAUUCGGGUGACCAACACUCCGGCGACGGUGAAGACGGAACCAGCGCCGCUGCCAACGCGGACAACAGUCUUCUUGACAACGAAAACGCCAUUGAUGAUGAAGAAACCGACCAAUACGCCAUCCGCCUCUCGCGUGCCAGUUCGAUCACCUCUCUGCACUCGCGCGCCAUGACCUCCGAGGAAGGCCAUGUGCACCGUCUCGGCCAGAACCUGCGCCGCGACUUCCUCAAUCCAUCUCCGAAUCAAGACAAUGAGGACGACGCGUCCCGCGUUGCCGCACUCCGGGAGAAGCUCGACCGCCUGCAUGACGAGCAGCCUGGGUUCGAGGGUGACAAAGCGGAUAAGGCGUUUGAGAAGCUCGGGUCUACCGUCGAUGAGCUCUGGGCUGCGCAGCAGCAGGAUGCGGAAGCCUUUGAGCGAUUCCGCCAGUCACAGAUCGCGGCGCAGAUUAAUAGUGGUGUGCGGCGGUCGCCUACUGAGCCCUCGUCCUAG